UACUCUCACUGUGUUCAAAGCAUGGGGCACCUCAGCGGACACACCACCAGAGCUCAGUGAUAACUCGGAGACAGGGAGAGAGAGAGAGAAAAAAACAGAGAGAGAGGGAGAUAAAGAGAAGGAGAAAAACUGAGAGAGAGAGAGAGAGAGAGAGAAAGAAGGGGAGAGAAAGAGUUAGAGAGAAACAGAAGGAGAGAGACAGAGCGGGAGAGAGAGAGAGCGAAAGAAAGAGAGAGGGAGACUGGUCCAUUGAGGAUGCUGGAGGUGUAUCUUAUGGAGCGAUCGCUGUUCUAAAGUUUUGGGUCUCUGGGCGCUGCGGACUAGUCUGGAGCAUGGAGUUUGGGCGAGCGUUCUCAAAGUUUAACAGGAUCCUGCUGCUGAUGCUAAUGAUGUUCAAACUGGGCAUUUUUUGCACUGUAAGCGCUGAGAAAUGUUUGGAAGACCCGUGCCAAAAUGGAGGCACCUGUGUCGACCAUCUGGAGGACUACUACUGCCUCUGCUCCAACUCCACUCUGAUGUACACGGGAAAGAACUGCUCUGAGCUCUACGACCCCUGCCUUAUCACCGCAGACUGCCCGGACUGCCUCUCCGUCCCGGGGUCCCCCGACUAUGAGUGCACCUGCGGGGAGGGCUUCACUGGCCCCAACUGCAGCGUGAACGUGGACGAGUGUGCGAGCAACCCGUGCGCGGGGGUGAAGACGCACUGUGUGGACGGGGUGAACGGGUACGAGUGCCACUGUCCGAGCGGCUCGGGGGGCGAGCACUGCCAGGAGUCGGUGAGGAGCUGUCGGGAAGAGCCGUGCCUCAACGGCGCCACCUGCAGAUGGGCACCGGAGGGCUACCAGUGCCAGUGCGUGCCGGGGUUCGAGGGCGAGGACUGUGAGGUGGACAUGGACGAGUGUCUCUCGCAGCCGUGUCAAAACGGAGCGCUCUGCAGGGACGGGAUGGGCGUGUUUGUGUGUUACUGCGUUCCGGGGUUCCAAGGAUCCAGCUGUGAGAUCGACAUCAACGAGUGUGCGUCCAAGCCUUGCGCUAACAACGCCACCUGCACCAACGGCAGGGAUCAGUACACCUGCGAGUGUCUGCUGGGGUUUGAAGGCGUGAACUGUGAGGUGGAGAUUGACGAGUGUGAGGUGGAACCCUGUCAGAACGGCGCCACCUGUUUCGACCAAGUGGGUCACUACACCUGCGAGUGUGAGCCGGGCUACGCCGGCAUCAACUGCGAGGUGGACAUAGAUGAGUGCAUUAGCGCCCCCUGCCUGAACUACGGAGUCUGCAUUGACCUAGUGAACAGGUUUGAGUGUGACUGCCAAGGCACUGGCUUCUUUGGCGAGCUGUGUGAGGAGGACAUCCUGGAGUGUGAGUCUGAUCCCUGCCAGAACGCCGCCACCUGCCAGGAGGGAGUCAACCAGUACACCUGUAUCUGCUGGCCAGGUUAUGAGGGUGAGAACUGCCAGACCGACAUAGAUGAGUGUGCGGCGGAGCCGUGUAAGAACGGUGGGGAGUGUCUGCAGCUCUCGGACGAGGGGAACUACGGCCUCGUGGGCCAGCUGGACCGAGAGUUCAGCUACGCGCAGGCGGCCGGUUACCUGUGCCAGUGCACACCUGGAUUCAUAGGAGGAAACUGCUCAGUGAAUGUGGAUGAGUGUGUGUCUCAGCCCUGCCUCAAUGGAGGAGUCUGUGAGGACCUGGUCAAUUCAUACACGUGUGUGUGUCCACCUGGCUACACAGGUGUGCUGUGCGAGAUGGACGUGGACGAGUGUGAGAGUAAUCCCUGCCAGAACGGUGCCACGUGCGAGGAUGGCAUUAACGCCUACUUCUGUACCUGCCCUGACCCGGAGCCCGGCAAGCUGCCCUGGGGUGGCACCGACUGCGGCACGCAGCUCACCGGCUGCCUGGAGCACCAGUGCCAGCAUGACGCCACCUGCACGCCGCACCUGGAACACGACCAGCAUGCCUACACCUGCACCUGCUCGUCGGGUUUCGCCGGCGACCGCUGCGACACCCCCACCACCUUCUCCUUCUCCAUGGAGAGCUUCGUGCUGGUGGAGGUUCCGGAGGUGACCCGGAACCGCAGGGACAUUACCGUGGACUCGGGCAGCCCCAGCGUGCGGCUGCGCUUCAGAACCACGCUCCCGGACCUGGUUCUCUUUUACAGGGGGUCGGCCGAGCACUUCGUCUGCCUGGAGUUGGUCCGAGGCGCUCUGACAGCCAGGGCUGAAUCUGGGGCCCUGAAGAUGGAAGUCUCACUCCUGGACCCGGUCAACGACGGCCACUGGCACGACGCCCUCGUCACCGUGGAUGAAAAACUCACCCUGAUCAGAGUGGACAGCGAGGACGACAAUGACGAUUACGGCGGCGACCAGAUGCCGAAGAGGGCAGAAGACAGUGGGCAAAACCAGCUCCUGUUCUUCCACCCGGAGGGUCUCCAGCAAGUGUUCGUUGGAGGCGUCCCCCUGGCCCUCCACAACAACACGGUGAGCAUGAGGGGCUUCCUGGGCUGCAUGGAGGACCUGCUGGUCGACUCGCAGCCCAUCCUGCCCCAGAACCUGCUCUCAGACCUGGGCCUGGACGUGGAGAUCGGCUGCAACAAGACGGACUGGUGCCAGGAGGACCCCUGCUCCUUGCAGGGCCACUGUGUGGACCUGUGGACGGACUACAGGUGCGACUGCCAAAGGCCCUUCUACGGAAACGUCUGUUCUGAAGAGAUUCCAUCAUGGACGUUCAGCCGUGAGAAGACGUCGUCUUUCGUGAUGUUCCCCGUCACCCAACCGCACGGCGCGUCCUUCGCCGUCUCCUUUUUCCUCCGCUCCACGCAGGAGUCGGGCUUGGUGUUCCAGCUCAAGCGAAGGGAACAGGAGUUCUUCAGCUUGUAUCUGCGGAACGGCACCUUCCACGUCGACAUCCAGGCCUCCGCCUGCAGCUCAUCCCGCUACAUCACUGACGGAAACAAGCACUUCCUGACAGUCAGCGUGAUCAACGGCUGGGUGUUCUUUAACGAAGAAGGGGUGCGUUUUCAGGAAGAAGACACCCUUCCGGCGAUCACUGUGGAUGCGGGGGACCAGGCCUUCAUCGGGGGUCUCGCCCAGGGGCUGGACACCUCACGCUGGGGAGGAUACUUCAAGGGCUGCCUGCAGGACAUCCGUCUGGAUCACACACAGCUGUUCAUCUACAAGACCAAAACCACCAAAUACAUGAAGCAGCACCACCCAAGCUACUUAGGGGCCUCAUUCAACGUGGAGCCAAACUGCGUCUCCGAUGACACGUGCAAGGCACAUCCAUGCUUGAAUGGAGGCGCAUGCAAUGUGACCUGGAAUGACUUUGUGUGUGAGUGUCCCUACAACUUCACGGGGAAGGCGUGUGAAACACGCGUCUGGUGUCUGGGCGACCCCUGCGUGUUGGGCAGCCAGUGUGUGGACCUACUGGACGGAUAUGAGUGCCACACCAACGCUUCGUUCGAGAACAACGCCCUUCAGUACCACGCAGACGGCUCUCCCGUGGACUCCGUGACGACGGUCUCCGUGGAGCUGCGCACACGCGAGGAGAACGGGGUUCUGCUGCGUGCGUCCAGCGGUCUAGAACUGAUAUGCAUUGGCCUUCAGAAUGCCAGCCUCAUCGUGAAGCUGCGCAGCGGAAACAGCCUGGAUGUUCUGUCCCUGUCCAGUGAGAGCGUGCUGGCCGACGGUGAGUGGCACCAUGUGGAGCUGCACCUGGACCCCCAGCUGCUCCACAGCGCCCCCCAGUGGCAAAUCAGCGUGGACGGGCAACCCACGGGUCAGAGCGCCAACGCCACCGGCACACUGGAUUUCCUCGGAAACUCCACUGUGUACCUGGCGGAGAACUUCACCGGUUGCCUCGGCGACGUGCGGGUGGGGGGAGUGUACCUGCCGCUGGUGGAUGACGGCGAGCCGCCCCAGCUAUUCCGCUUCAUUCGCCAGGGGGCGGGCGUGGCCCCCGAGGUGGGGUGCCGGGGGUCCCCUGUGUGCGAGCCCUCGCCGUGCCUGAACCAGGCCUCCUGCCUGGACCUCUUCCACUCGUACAGCUGCGCCUGCGCCCCCGGGUGGGAGGGGGAGUUCUGCGAGGUGGCGACGGACGAGUGCGCCUCGGGACCCUGCGUGUACGGCUCCUGCCGCGACCUGCUGGCCGACUACCGCUGCGUGUGCACGGCGGGCUACGGCGGCAGGAACUGCCAGGAGGAGGUGGACGAGUGCCAGCAACACCGCUGUGAAAAUGGGGGAUCCUGCGUGGACGCUCUGGGGAGCUACUACUGCCUGUGCCCCCCGGGGUUCACCGGCUCGUACUGCCAGUGGCCGUUCCCAGCCCCGCGGUGUAACCUGGACGUACGGUGCGCUCACGGGGGGGUCUGCAGCCAGGGCUUCUGGGGCGCGAACUGCACCUGCAAACCCGGCUUCACUGGGAUGAGAUGUGAAGCGGAGAUGAACGAGUGUGAGUCAAGUCCCUGCAUGAAUGGAGGCACCUGCAGGGACAGGGUCAACAACUACCUGUGCAUGUGUGUGCGCGGCUUCAGCGGGAAGAACUGUGAGACUAGCCGUCAGCCGCAGAGGGAGCGGAUGCCCUGGCUGGUUGUGGCCAUCCCGUUGGCAUGCCUGGGCGCAGUCGUCGCCGGGGUGACCAUGGUGUGCCUGGCGAUGACGGCGCGCAAGAAGCGCCAGUCCGAGGGCACCUACAGCCCCAGCCAGCAGGAAGUGGGCGGUGCCAGGCUGGAGAUGGGCAGCGUGCUGAAGGUGCCACCGGAGGAGAGGCUCAUAUAGGAGGGAAUGUGUGUGUGUGUGUGUGUGUGUGUGUGUGUGUGUGUGUGUGACUGUGUGUGUGU